GAGAUGCUGCCUUAAACGCAGUAAGAAGACGGAGAGGAAGAGACACUGCUGUGAAACCAGUCAUGGAUUCCAGAUGCAUAAAAAUAGCUGCUCUGGGAAGACCCCUGUAUCCUGGCAUGUUGUAUGAUUGCCGAAGUGACUCCUUUAUUCCAGGUGUAACUUUAUGGAAUAAGAAUGCAUUGCUUGAGAAUCUUGAUGUUCAUAAAGAGCCUAAAACACAUCUGAAAUUUGCUGCCUCUGACAGUCACAGUGCAAAGGCAAACCUCCUAGAUGUAAAUGCUUCCCUUAAAGCCAGUUUCCUAAGUGGAUUGGUGGAGGUCGGAGGAUCAGCCAAGUACCUGCAGGAUACCAAAUCCUCAGAACAUCAGUCCAGAGUUACCAUGCAGUACAGUCAGACAACAAAAUUUGAACAGCUCACUAUGAACGAACUUGGUAAUAUCACCUAUCCACAAGUAUUUGAGCAGAAAACAGCCACUCAUGUCAUUACAGCAGUACUGUAUGGGGUGCAUGUUUUCAUGGUUUUUGAUUAUAUAAAAGCAGAAAAUGAGAACAAACAGGAAAUCCAAGGGAACCUCCAUGCAGUUGUCAAGAAGAUCCCUAACAUUUCCAUAAAUGGGCAAGCAUCACUAAAUUUGAAUGGAGAUGAACAAAAAAUGGCUGAGAAUAUAAGUGUCACAUUUUAUGGUGACAUUGAACUUGAAGAAACCCCCACCACAUACAAGGAAGUCCUGGAAGUGUACAAGAAGGUGCCUGCUCUGAUGAAACAACAACAAGACAAUGGUGUGCCUCUGACUGUGUGGCUGUAUCCUCUCAAUCUUUUGGAUGAUAAGGCUGCAAAGUUGGAGAGAGAAAUUAAUUUAAGCCUGGUGUAUCAAAUAGAAAGUUUACUGGAGGAGCUCAGUGAAAUUGAAAGAAAAUGCAAUGAUUUGAUCAACAGACCAAUAACAGAUGACUUUCCUGACGUAAAAAACAGGUUGCUAAAGUUUCAGGCAUUACAUAGGAAUUAUACAAGUUCAUUCCAGAAGUCAUUGUGCAGAGUGCUGCCAGCUAUUCGCUGUGAGAAAGAAGAAACUGCGGACAAGGCACUGUGGGACAUCCUGAACACCCAUUACACAUCACCCUUCAAUGCAAUCAACAUGAACAAUUGGUUAGAUGACAUUACAACUGAAUUACAGAUACUGAGCUCCUGUACCAAUGGACUGAAGGACGUCAGAAUUGUGAAAUCAUCUGGGUCACUCGUCAGUUUGUUUCUUGAUGUUGAUAUGGUGGUAUGUUUGUCAUUUACAUCUAUGAAGUAUGAUGACACCUACCUAGCAGCUCUACAAGACCUUGAGAACUCCGAAGUAUUUACAAAGCUGGGGCAAAAAAGUGAGAGAGAUAUCAUUCUCCAAGCAGCACAGCCUUGGUUUAAUUCUGACAUUUCUGCAAGGAUGAAACAGAAUCUUUCUCUUUUUACCUCUUUUUCAAAAGCAAAUAAAAAUGAGAAGGGAGUCAAAUUCAUCAUUGCCUCCAUAUCUGACCCCUGCAAUCCAGGAAUCUCCAUCCGACUAUAUCAGAAUGGCCUUCUGACAGAUCCUAAGUUUCAGCCUGUAUCCAAACCUCCCAAACCUGUGGUGAAGACCAGUAUUGGAAAAGUUACCCUGAAUCUUUCAAAAUCCCCAACUGGAGAGACGGUUCACUUCAGAGUUGAGUACAGGAUGACACCUUCAAAUGAUUCAGCAACUGAUGCUGAGGAAUGGACAGUCAUAGACACAUCAAAUACAGAGAACACCUUCUCACUCACUGGACUACAGCCAAAAGAACAAUACUGGGUUCGAUACAGAGCUGUGAGUAAUGUGGGAGUAAGUGAAGCCAGUGAUUCUGUCCCCUUCACCAUUAAUGGGAAGCUCACUGUGACACUCGACCAGUGGAACCUCUCUGGACCCAUCGUAAUUAAUAAACUAAGGACUAAAAUAAUGAACAGUCCUUCUGAUGUGAGACAUCCAGUCUGCAACCCUAACAAACCAUAUUUGGGAUCAAUCCCUGGAGGCUUGAGACCUGGUGUGGCUUUGUUCUUCCAAGGGGUUGUUCCAUCAGAUUGUAAACGUUUUGCAAUAAAUUUGCAGACAGGGCCGAAGUACCUUCAUGACGUCGCUUUCCACUUCAACCCCCGCAUGUCCUCAGUGGCCCUUGACAGCUGCAGGAAAGGGAAAUGGGAGAAUUUUGUGGAGAAACCAGGAGGCCCAUUUGUCAAAGGAGGACCUUUUGAUAUCAUCAUGGUUAUUAAUCCAGAAUGCUUUGAGGUGAUUGUGGAUGGCGUGGAAUACUGCACCUUUGAGCAUCGUAGACCGGUGCACAAUGUGAAUGCAAUUUGCAUUGAUGGACAGGUCUUCAUGAACACCAUUGCCAUUACUGAAGUGGAUGAUGUUAAUCUGAAAGUCAGAGUCACCAAUCCUGCCAACUUUUGAGGAUUCAAAUCUUCUCCAAUACCAGUGAAAUUUAUUUUAUUAUAUUCUGCUCAGUUAUAUCAGAAUUACAUCAGUUUAGGGACAUGAUUUGUCUUUUUAUUAAUCAGUUGUUGUUUUUUUACAUUCUUAUGAGAAUUUUUGUUGCUUAUUAUUGUUAGCAAUGCAUACUAUAUAUUCUUUACUACAGUUUUAUUGUACCUUAAUUACAGUCAAUGAUACAGGUAAUUUGCAUUAUCUGUUCACUAGUUAAAAGUCUUGAAUAAUUAAAAAAAAUCUUAAAAACCUGCACUCUGCAAAUCUCCAAAACCAAACAAGUUUCAGCACAUGACUGCAUACUUCAGUGGACACAGUUUUUUUUAUUUGAUUUUCUUAUUUCUUAUUAGUCUCCUCCUUUUCUGUUGCAAAUACCACAUUAGC